GAGGCUUGUAGGGUCCCUGGCGGGAUACACUAGGAGCAAAUAUUAUGAUCCCAUCUCUGCGUCCCUCACUCAUCUUCUCUGCAUUAUUAUUAGCAUAGCUUUCCCUUUCAGUUCCAAAUAAAGGAUACCGCUAAAGCCCAAGAAAGAGAAGUAAGGGGGAAGAAAAGGAAGGAGAGCGGAGAAGCCGGCAAAGGGAUACCCCCUGCGGUGGACCUCAUCAGUGCACGUGCGGAAGGACUUCUUUUUCUACCAGCAUGGGUCGCUUCACCAAGUAGGAAGCGCACAGAUACCGCUUCAUGAUCCGCGCGUCCUAACCGAGCGACCGGUCUGCGAGGGGCUCUCUCCCUCUCUCUUUCUCUCUCUCUCUCUCUCCCUCACCCUCUCCCUUCCUCUCCUUUCUCCGCACACGUUACUCGGUACCGGGGCCCCCUCCUCACUCCCCCUCCUCCCCGCGCAUAGAUGUAGACGGUAACCGGAGCGCACGGUGGGGAGACUCGGCUGUCGUCGUCGCCUUUUGCGCCAUGGAGGACGGCUGUUCUCCGGAAAGCGAGAGGAUGGAAGCGUGGCUGGACGACCACUUGGAGUUCACCCACUCCUACUUUAUCAGGAAGGCGUCAAGGGAGAUGGUGAAUGCCUGGUUUUCUGAGCGCGUCCAAACCAUCCAGCCAUCGGCGUCCAAAGAAAAUCCUCCACCGCAGCGAACCCACCAGUCCACCACAGACCCUUGCCCCACUUCUGCCUUAACCAUCCUGCCACCCACCCUAAACCUCCUGGACAACCGUUGCCCCUCCCCUGCCACAGUCUCUAGCCCGGCCCCCGGCACCCCGACUCGCAAAAUCUCGGCUUCGGAGUUUGACCGCCCGCUCAGGCCCAUUGUUGUGAAAGAUUCCGAGGGCUCUCUGACGUUUCUGAGUGACUCUGACCGCGAAACAGUCCCUCUCCGGGGCUCUGUGAUGGGUGAGGGUGGUGUCAGCGGGGGAGGUGGUAAUGGAGGUGGUAGCGGGGGUGACCGCUGCGCCCGGCUGCUGGAGCUGGUGAAGGACGUGUCCAGUCAUCUGGAUGUGACAGCACUCUGCCACAAGAUCUUCCUCCACAUCAAUGAGCUGAUCGUCGCAGACCGCUAUUCACUGUUUCUGGUGGGCGAGGACAGCUCCAACAGGAAGUUCUUGGUCAGCCGGCUGUUCGACGUGGCCGAGGGAUCCACACUGGAGGAGUCGUCCAGUAACUGCAUCCGACUCGAGUGGAACAAAGGCAUCGUGGGGCACGUAGCCGCCACGGGGCAACCUCUCAACAUCAAGAACGCUUACGAGGACCCUAGGUUCAACGCAGAGGUGGACUUGAUCACAGGCUACAAAACCCAGAGUAUCCUUUGUCUGCCAAUCAAGAACCACAGAGAAGAGGUAGUUGGAGUGGCUCAAGCUAUCAACAAGAAAUGUGGGGAGAACGGCGCCUUCACUGAGCAGGAUGAAAAAGACUUCUCGGCCUACUUGGCCUUCUCGGGCAUCGUGCUGCACAACGCGCAGCUGUACGAGACGUCGCAGCUGGAGAACAGGCGCAAUCAGGUGCUGCUGGACCUGGCCAGUCUGAUCUUCGAGGAGCAGCAGUGUCUGGAGGUGUUACUGAGGAAGAUCGCAGGGACGAUCCUGUCCUUCAUGCAGGCCCAGGCUUGCACCGUCUUCAUCGCGGACGAGGACUCAAUGAACUCCUUCUCCAGUGUCUUUUACAUGGAAUACGAGGAGCUCGCUGAAGUUCUUGAUGCCCCCAAAAGGGACCACGACAUCAGUCAGAUUAACUACAUGUACGCUCAGUAUGUUAAGAACACCAUGCAGCCUCUCAACAUCGGCGACGUGACCAAGGACCAGCGCUUUCCCUGGACGAGUGAAAACCCAGAUCACGCCAGCAACCAGAUCAAAAGUUUACUCUGCACCCCCAUCAGGAACGGCAAGAAGGACAAAGUCAUAGGUGUGUGUCAGCUGGUCAACAAAAUGGAUGAAGGUUCCGGCAGCGUGAAGGCCUUCAACAGAAACGACGAGCAGUUCCUGGAGGCGUUCGCCAUCUUCUGCGGCCUCGGUAUCCAGAACACCCAGAUGUACGAAACGGUGGAGAGAGCCAUGGCCAAGCAGGAGGUCACUCUGGAGGUCUUGUCUUAUCACGCCUCCGCAGCGGAGGAAGAAUCGCGGGAACUCCAGGUAACCGCGGUGACCACAGUUCCGUCAGCCCAGUCGCUGCGUCUUUUGGAUUUCAGCUUCAGUGACUUCGACUUAUCGGACACCGAAACCACGCUGGCUACCAUUCGCAUGUUUGUCGACCUCAACCUGGUCCAGAACUUCCAGAUGAAGUACACGAGUUUAUGUCAGUGGAUUCUGAGCGUUAAGAAGAACUACAGGAAGAGCGUGGCCUAUCACAACUGGAGACACGCCUUCAACACAUCACAGUGCAUGUUUGCCCUCCUCAAGUCAGGACGCUUACAGAAAAAUCUGAACGAUCUGGAGGUGUUGGCUCUGAUGAUUGCAACGCUCUGCCACGACCUGGACCACAGAGGAGUCAACAACUCCUACAUACAGAGGAGUGACCACCCACUGGCCCAGCUGUACUGCCACUCCACCAUGGAGCAUCACCACUUCGACCAGUGCCUCAUGAUCCUCAACAGCCCUGGAAACCAGAUCCUGAGCGGCCUCUCCCUGGACGAGUACAGGGCCACUCUGAAGAUGAUAGAGAGGGCUAUUCUGGCCACCGACCUCGCCCUGUACAUGAAGAGGCGAGGGGAGUUCUUUGAGCUCACCAAGAACAGCCAGUUUGUCUGGGAGGACGAACAUCACAGAGACUUACUGAGGUCAAUGCUGAUGACUGCGUGCGACAUCUCGGCCAUCACCAAGCCUUGGCCUGUCCAAAAAAGGAUUGCUGAGCUGGUGGCCACGGAGUUCUUCGAACAGGGCGAUAAGGAGAGGCGAGAGCUGAACAUUGAGCCUAUCGACCUGAUGAAUCGGGAGAAAAGAGAUAAAAUACCCAGCAUGCAGGUGUCCUUCAUAGAUGCCAUCUGUAUACAGUUAUAUGAGACCUUGGCUGGCAUGUCGGAGUAUUGCUCACCGUUGCUGGAAGGAUGUCAAAUAAACCGGCAGCAUUGGAAGCGCUUGGCCGAGGAGUGCGAGAAGGGGCCGGUCAACGGCUUGGUCUGAACCCAACGCCCAGUUCGGCUUUCGACCAACACAAAGCCCUUUCGCUUCUCACUUGUUUAGUCAGUUUUCACAAAAUUUCAUGAACUUGGCAUGAUACCUUCAAAACGGACAAAUAACACGUUGUGUGUGUGUGUGUGUGUGCACUGAAAGUGUCCCAGAGAACCACAAAAAAAAAAAAAAGAAGACUGUGGUGGUCUGAAAAGUGAAAGGACAGAUAUAACUGACUUCAGCUGAGAGCAGGUUUAAGUCCCACAAGGAGGUCACAUGGGUUUGUCUUAUAAAUAAGACAAGGGGUUCGUUCAGAUCUGAAAAUGCAGCCAUGUUCAAAUUGAGCUAAACGUUUCGCUAUGUUAAUGUCUGCAGCACAACAGUAAGACAAAGUGUAUGUCUUAUUGUUUAGCUCAGAAAACCGAAAGGCAUCACUUGCUGCGUUUCCAUCACAUCGAAAUUCGGUAACUCUUGUAAAGACUUGAGUCGCGACGUCCCAUAAUUCUCUUAAAUUCUCGUCUUGUCUCAGACAGACUUCACUUUGAGGAAGAUGGGCUUCAAAUGAACUGGUUACAUGACCCCCCCGCGUCAUAUCCAGUGUUUCCAUCGUACGUUUGCGAUAAACUUUUAUAUCGAUACGUAAAAAUGUUUUAGCUUUACAUAUUUGAGAGGUUUUUCGACAUGUAGGUGUUUCCAUUACCGUUUUUUUAUUGCGACAUUUAGGUUUUAUGCUUUCCUAGGGGGAAUGGAAACGCAGCAACUGUGAGGCAUUGGGGUUCGUCCUCUGGAAACCACACACAUUUCAUGGCAUAGACCUCGAGAUAGCUCAGUCCGGACGUAGGUGGUAGCCUGGCUGCCCCCUUUACGAAAAAUCCAUAGCCUUGAUAGACUUUGAUGUAGCAAGUUCGCCGUUUUCCCCACGUACAUAUCACGACAGAAACACAGCUAAAUUGACGAAUAUAAAGCCUUAAUCCGAGUCGUUAGCUCAACGUACCGAGAAGGAAGGAAGGACGCGUUGUGUUAUGAAAUCCUUGUUUCCGAGGUCAUGCUCGCUUCGUCAGAUUUUGCGAGACCCGUCUUCCCGUCGCCACCGCUCUUUCCUGUCACUCGCCAGAGGUAGUAACAGAGUCAGCACUAAGCUAUAUUUAUUACCAUAGACAUUUUUAUUUUUGCACAGAGUGGCUUUCAUGUUGGAGUCUCACCCACGUUAUCUGUCACGGGUAGUGGACGUUAGGGCAACACUGAAUGGUUAGACGUAGAGAUCAGCACCAUUCCUGUGGGAUCAAGAUAUUGUACUUACUAUAUAACUGUAACCUAAUAAUCUGAUAAUAAGCUUGUUAAAUGUCUUUGUUCACGGGCACACGGCCUUCAUGGGUUUGAGGCUUUCAUACAUUUCACUCAUUGUCUUAACUAUUGCAUAUUUAUUUUUUGUUUUAUAUAUUUAUUAGAGUUUCUAUAUUGUAAGGUCAUCCUUGUCAAGAGCACACGAUUCUUUAUAUAGGAAAUGUAGUUUUCAUACUUCCAAGCUCUGCUUCUUCUUCUUCUUAUUUUUUGUUUUGCAGGACAUUUUGUUAGGAACAACUCUUUUAGAGGACAUCUGGAAAUGUACUGUAAUGUGUUAUCUGGAAAUUAGAGGAUUAUUAUUAUUAUUAUUAUUUUUUUUUCCUUCUUUCUCACAAUGUAAAAAGAGCCAAAGACUAGACCUGCAGUUUCAAACGUGGGGAAAUGGGUCUAGAUGUUUCCACUGCCUUGUUGUGAUAAAAUAGGACCAAUUCACAAUUAAAAGAAAAAAAUAUUUUCAUUUA